AUGGACUUUUUUGCUCUUAUAACUUACUGGAGAUGCACCAUUACCAACUGCCUUGCUACAAUCAACACCCGCAACAACAUCAUAGUAGGAGUUGGACGGCAACCACACAAUCACCCGGGAGACCAUGCAAGCAUCGUAGCCAAGGAGAUCAUGAACUGCAUCACUGACCGCUGCCAGAAAGAAAUCAGACCAAUCCCUACCAUCUACAGUGAGGAACUCUGCAAACUGCGUGACAACGAAUGGGAUGAAGAGACAAGAACCGUUGUAGAGAAGAUACCCACCUUCAACUCCAAGAAGUCACAGCUGUACAGAGCCAGACGCAAGCUUACACCAAAGCUACCAACCACUACCCAGGACAUUGAUCUCGAGGGAAGAUGGACGGAAACCAACACUGGAGAGCGCUUCCUACACAUUGACGAUGGUGACCAGAACAGAAUCCUUGUCUUCGCCACAUCAGAGGACUUGGCUGAGCUCGCCACCGCCGACCGCAUCUACUGUGAUGGUACUUUCUACACGUGUCCCAACAUCUUUCAUCAGAUCUACACGAUACACAUUGAGAUAGAUGGAUCCAUGUACCCAGUUGUCUACUCUCUUCUACCCGGGAAAAGUCAGCACAUCUACACAAGAUUCUUCACACUACUCAAGACAUUCAUGGCAGACAACCACCUACCCAUGUCGCCCGACACAGUAUUCGUUGACUUUGAGACAGCUGUCCACAACGCAAUCCGCACCGUCUUCCCAGGGACCGAUAUCAAGGGCUGCUUCUUCCACUACACCCAAUGCGUCUGGAGAAAGGCACUGAUGACUGGACUACAGCUUCCAUACCGGGACAACGAAGACAUCAGGAGACUGGUUCGCCGUGCAGCAGUCCUACCUCUGGUACCUGAGCAGCAAGUUGAGGAUGUCUGGUUUCACGCACUACAGGACAUUGAGUACGCCGACCUACCAGCUGACGUGACACCAUUCACGGACUAUGUUGUUGACCAAUGGGUGGAUGGAGACCGACCAGUUUGGAACCACUACGACAACGAUGGACCACGUACCACCAACCACCUAGAAGCCUGGCACGGGAAGCUGAAGAAGAUUGUGCAACACGCCCAUCCAAACAUCUUCGAGAUCAUCCAGACAUUCAAAGACAUUCAGGCUACCAACGAAAUUGCAAGACUCCAACGACGCGCCGGUGGAACCAGACGACCCCGACCCAAGAGGUACAGAAACAUUGAUACCCGCCUUGCCCUGCUGAAACAGAGACUGGAGAGCAACACCAUAGACAUCAUUGCGUACGCUGAUGCAGCAUCUGAGCUUCUUCACUUGGGUUGA